AUGGCAGACAGAAUCUGUCGCGUUGUUGAUCCUGACGGCGACGUUCUCCUCGUCCUCAACAAUCCAUGCGCACCAUUUGCAAUCUGGACGGAAAGCGAUUACUCCAACAUACAAGAGAUCAAUGGAUGUGAACCUUUACUUGAGGACAUUCUCUCGAUAAGAUCUCCAAUGUCACCACUUCCAGUAGAAGAUGCUACAAUGGUACCUAUUUCAGAAGAACCUGCAGUAGAAGAUUCCCCUCAGGACGAAAAUCCAGGGGUAUCAUUCUCACCGCAACCCGUCGACGCCGAAAUUACCCUCCUAGAACCUGUUACACCAGAACCUGCUCUGACGGAGCCGUUCAUCGAUGAACCUGCAGCCAACGAAUUCAUGAUCAAUGAAUUUGUUCUUUCUUCAAAGCACCUCAUUUUGGCAUCAGGAUAUUUCAGGGCAAAACUCAGUGGUCCCUGGAAGGAGGCUUCUACUCGCGGCGUCGAUGGCCGGUAUCACGUUGAAGCUUCGGACUGGGAUGACCAAGCCCUUCUUCUAGUCAUGCGUGUCUUACACGGGAAGAACAGCAAAAUACCCCGUCGCAUAAGUCUAGAGUUGCUGGCGAAGAUCGCAGUAUUGGUUGAUUACUAUGACUGCUUUGAGGCGACAGAGAUCAUCUCGAGUAUUUGGAUUGAUGCUCUCAGAAAUGAAAUUCCUUCAGAACUCAAUCGGGAGUUGGUUCUGUGGUUGCUGAUUUCAAAGGUCUUUCAUCAAUCAGAGAUAAUUCUUCAAGUCACAAAGACAGCUAUCGGACGGAGUUUGGGCUUGAUGCCUGCGCUCGGCCUACCCAUUCCUUCGGAAACACUUGACAAGAAGCAAUAG